AUGAGUCAAAAUACAGACCAGGAAGGUUUGAAGAAGAUAUUGGUAGCUGCACAUGAUAAGUCUCAGAAGAAGGUUGAUAAAGCUAUAGAGGACAUACAAAAAGAUGAAGGCAGGGAUAUAAAGCGAAGGAAGCUGUGUAAAUCAGACAUUGAAACAGUAGAGAAAAUUAACUUUUCAAUUUCUGAAGUGAAGAACAACUACAAGGAUGCUACCCUCUUACCAAAAUGGAAAGCAUUUCAGACAGUCAUAUAUCUUAAACGGGAUAAUGGCCUGAAUGACUCAAGUAAAAUUGCUGCCUUUGAUUUUGAUGGGUGUCUUGCAAAAACUGCUGCGAAUAAGUAUUUUUGA